AUGUAUCCUAAUAAUCGCCAAAAUUCUUAUUCAACAGCUCACAUUGUAAGUAACUCAUUGGAUUUAGUUAACGAUUAUGUUUAUGAUCCUAAUAUACAAAUUCAUUAUAAUAUGUAUCGAAACGUUGGCCAAAAUCGUGUUCCCGCACCGUCUGCUACCAACUUAAUGCCUGUGAACUCACCAGCAAGAUCGGUCCGUCGUAUGCACUCAGGAGAUUCUGAAGAAGACGAUUUCACAACGGUCUCACAUAAGAAAAAAAGAAAUAGUAAUCGUUCCAACAAUUAUCAACAGCAACGUCAACAACAGAAUGAUUUUCACACUUCCCCCUCUAACCAAACAAAUCAACCGUUUAGUCAACGUACAGCAACAAAUUUAAAUCUAAACCAACAGAAUUAUCAACAAAAUCAGAAUAUAUCAAUAGAAGCAACACGGUACGCGCUAACACGGUUCCCUUUUCAACCGUUUAUUAUUCGUUUUUCAUCCGGAAACGUCCCGGAUAAACAAGCGGCUGAAGAAGUGUUAUUACAUUAUAAACAUAAUCGUCAAAUUGAUAUCUUAAUUAACAAUUAUCGCUCGUCAACAUUGAAAUGUGGAGCUAAUGAGUAUGAUAUUCUUUUAUAUGUUAAGGAUGCAAAUUCGUUCACAUUUUUAUUCGACAAACAAAAAUAG